AUGCCUGCAUCCACACCGCGGGUAAUCAAGUUCACCAAUGGCUAUCUGUUAGAAGAUGGACGGCUUGUGCCCGGAGACCUCUGGAUAUCAUCCGAAACGGGAAGAAUCAUCAGUCCUCAAGCGGCCUUCUACUCCGCCCAUUUGACGCCAGACAGAGUCGUUGACCUGGAUGGAAGGAUACUUUCUCCGGGAUUCAUUGAUGUCCAAAUCAAUGGCUGCUACAAUUUCGACUUUUCGACGCCUGACCCAGAAUAUUCAUCCAAACUGGCACAUACGCACCGUCAAAUGAUAAAGUCCGGUCUCACGUCCUAUGUCCCCACGGUCAUUAGUACAACUCCAGAGGCUUAUCAUUCUGUGCUGCCGCAUCUCGGUCCAUCCGGAAAGGAGCGUGAUGCCAGCAAAGGCUGCGAGAGCUUGGGCGCCCACAUUGAAGGCCCCUUUCUGUCUCCAAUCCGCAAUGGGAUCCAUAACCCGGAAGUCUUACGCGAGGCUCAUUCGUGGACAGAUAUUGAGGCUUGUUACGGCCGGGACAAUCUGCGGCAUGUUCGGUACAUUACAGCUGCUCCGGAAAGAGGCAAUAUGAUUUCAUUUAUCCCCGAGUUUGUGGCCAGAGGAAUUGUGUUUGCCAUAGGACAUUCGGACGCCACCUUUGAGCAGGCGCAAGCUGCCAUUGCUGCUGGAGCAUCCAUGGUCACACACCUGUUCAACGCCAUGCGUCCGUUUGCACAUCGUGAACCUGGCAUUUUCGGACUUCUGGGUCAAUCUGCCCCUUCCACGCCGCUUGCAACGCCCAAGCAUAGUCGUCCAGCAAGUGCAACAACUUCGCCUCGGGGAUCUCCAAACUCUUCAAGACGGACCACUCCGCGUUCCAGUCUCAGCAUCAGCACAUCUGCCUCAGAUCUAGAAGAAGAGGCGCGAUACGUGCAGCCUUUCUUCGGCCUCAUCGCCGACGGUAUACAUCUGUCGGCCCAGGCAUUGAAAAUUGCCUACUCGGCUCACCCAGAAGGCGCGAUUUUAGUUACUGAUGCACAAAAGCUUGCUGGAUGUCCCGAUGGGAAGUAUGACUGGCGAGGGGAGGACCAUUUGGUCAAAGAGGGCAAGGUUCUCAAGCUGGGAAGCAAUGGACGCAUUGCCGGAAGUGUUGCGGAUCUGGUCGACUGUGUCAACAAUUUUAACCGAUUUACGGGUUGUGGCUUGGCCAAAGCACUACAGUGCGUAACGAGCACGCCUGCCAAGAUGUUGGGCAAGGACGUCGAGCAGAGCAAAGGUAAGCUUGAGGUUGGCAUGGAUGCAGACCUCGUUGUCCUUGAAGAAGGACCGACAGGGGACGUGACUGUACAACAAGUGUGGAAGUUCGGAGUUCAGGUCGCUUGA